CGGGCGCCGAAUCACGUCGAACUGGUGUAGUGCGGUGACUAUUGUUACUGUUGGUUUUGGUGUUACCAUUGCCACUACUACUGCUACUUCUACUGCUUGUGCUGCUCAUACGUACUUGGCAGGAUGUCGGGCAGAGGCUAUUACGGACCACCUCGUGGACGUGGAGGAUAUGAUGGUCGUGGAGGUCCUCGCGGACCAGAUGGACGUCAUGGGUGUGGCUUCGAUGAACGAGAGGUGUACGGUCCGCCCCCGAGUUGUCAAGGUGGAAGAGGUCGUGGUGGACCACGAGGUCAAAGAGGAUAUGGAUCUUCACAACCUACUGAGUAUCCACCAUUUCAACGCAACCCGUCAACAGAUCGGUCACGUGUUGGUGAUGUUCCAGAGGUGUGGAAGAAGCCUGCAUGGAGCGCGCAUGUACCUUGUGAACGUGGUGACAUAGCAUCGUCAUUACGACUGGAAAACGAGGCUACCUUGGAAGCUGCUCGCCAAAAGAAAAGCCAAUGUAUGAAGAAAGCUGUGUGUGACGUGUCUCGUGAGCUUUCAAAACUAAGCAUGCAGAGGCCACUGGGGAUUCCAAACAGACCAGAUGAAGAAUCCGAAGGCGACUUCGAUGAAUAUGCCCCAGGAGUCCAUCAGGCUACUGGAUUGUAUUCUGAAAACAGUCUCUAG